AAAAAACAUCCGACUUUUCGACAUCAACUUCGACUUUCGACGUUCAAUUCUUCGAAUCUCCGGUUUCUCGAAUAAAAAGGCGACGUCCUGUCGUGCCUCGCUCGAUUCUCUCCUUCAGCCUUCCGAGCAGCCUCUAACCGCGCACGACUUUCGCUCUUCCUGACCUUGUCUUGUUCGAUUUCACCUGCCUGGCCUACCUCUACUCUUCUAUCCCAUGGGCCCAGCAUCCUCUGUCGUCUGAUAUAGCUUUGAUCCUGAGUGACAGGCAAGCUCAAGGAAACAUCCUCCCGACAGUGUCCAGCCCUCCUUUUCCGCUAUUGUUAACCCGCCUGGCCUGCCCGUCAUGCUCAACGCUUCCGCAAUUGAGCUUCCGCCGCUCCCGUCCUACACCCUUACUCCCCGCCAACCACUCAUCGCCCCUAUUCCAGAUAAUGCCACCAUUCUCAUUCUCCCAGUAGUUGCCUACUGGGCCCUGUCCAUGAUUUUCCACUGGAUAGACGUGAAUGAUUACUUCCCGCAAUACCGCCUUCACACUCCGGCAGAGAUUCUGAAGAGGAACCAUGUCACCCGCUGGGAGGUGGUGCGCGACGUCAUCCUACAGCAGAUCAUCCAGACCCUCUUUGGCGUCUUGCUCAUAUUCUUCGACCAGCCAGAGUUCAAUGGCAGAGAGGAGUAUGAUAUUGCCGUCUGGGCCACCCGUAUCCGCCUCGCUCAGCGCGCCGUGCCCCAGCUUAUGAUGCUGCUAGGAGUUGAUCCUGUCGGCCUGGCGGCUAAGCUCUCGGGUUAUCCUAUUCUUGCUGCCGUCGUGUCAGGAGGCCAUUACCCGUUUUUGACCCAGGUGGUCACUUCAUCAACAGGAGAGACUGCUACAGCACCGGCCUUCGCCGCCUGGGAGUGGGCUGUUGGUUAUUCCAUAUACUACUACCUUAUCCCGGCGCUCCAGUUUGUAUAUGCCAUCACCUUUGUCGACACAUGGCAGUACUUCCUUCACCGUGCUAUGCAUAUGAACAAGUGGCUAUACACUACAUUCCACUCAAGGCAUCAUAGGCUAUACGUACCAUACGCCUUUGGUGCUUUGUAUAACCAUCCAUUUGAGGGCUUCCUUCUCGACACAGCCGGCACCGGUCUUGCAUUCCUCACCUGUGGCAUGACCACUCGACAGGGAAUGUGGUUUUUCACCUGCUCAACGCUCAAGACCGUCGAUGACCACUGCGGCUACGCCUUCCCCUGGGACCCCCUUCAGCAUGUCACUGGAAACAACGCCGCUUAUCAUGACAUCCACCACCAGAGCUGGGGCAUCAAGUCAAACUUCAGCCAACCAUUCUUCACUUUCUGGGAUCGCCUACUUGACACCCGCUGGAAGGGUGAUGUCACACUGAGAUACGAACGGUCUCGGAAGGCAGCACAGAGUAAGAUGGACGUUGACUUGGCCAGUUGCUCUCAGACCGACGGUGCACAGGAACAAAAACAAAUAACACAGUCAGAAACUCACAUAGUGGCUUCUAGAGACGACGAUGAUGCAUCCACCCGUUCUUUGCUGAAGCGGAGUGUCCGCAAAACCACUAAUUCGUUUUCGCCUCAGUCAGAUUCUCUCAAAGGUCUGACCCACCGUCUGAGUGGCAGCAUCCAGCAUAAAUAAUCAUUCGCUAUUCCUCUUGCUUUCCUCUCUAAUAUAUCCCUUUAUAAUAACGUUUCGCUGAUGUCAAUCUUUAACCCCCUUUCCUCUCAACCAGCCACUGACUGCAUUUCAUACUCUUUCUAAUUCCAAGCCUGUCAAUUCUUCUUUCAGCUACCUAUUCAUACCCCAGAAGCAUAAUCCGCCGCCUUUAUCCCCUUGAUUGGGUAUCCCCCGUUUUAUUCCACGUAUUGCUGUUUAUUCUUCUCUUUCCUUUGUAUGAAUGAUACGGUGAUGAAUUGUGGGUGGAGGCCUAUUCUUUGUCUCCUCCUUUUUUGCUUGCUUCCUGCUUCUUUCAGCUCUACCCCUAAUUCACCUAUACUCCUGUUUCCUCUUACUCGUACAUGCCCAUGCCCACCUACAAGUUUAAUAUGUGUACAUUCUACCUUUGGAGCCGCCCCUAACUUUGAACACAUUCUCCAACCUUGUAUUAACAGCUGCGUUGAUCGCUCCAGAGAAACUCGCCGUUAUAGCUCCUCUGAAUAGUUGAGAAUCACAACUUCUCUUCUCCUCCCUCCCUUGAUCUAUCUCCUAUUCGCUCACUUCUCUUCCCGUUCUUGCUGUUCUUAUUAUUCUGGAACAUCAUUCUCUUCCGAUUCUUCUCUUCUCUUUUCGAAUUCUUAACGGGGGGAUCGGCUUAAGAGGGGGGUAUAUAUCCUCGCCUCCAUCGAACGUACUCCAACGGGUCGUUGCCUCGGACACCGGUCUCUUCUCCUCUAGCCGUGUGUUCGGGAUGCCAGGGCCUUCAACUAGCGUUGCCCGGCUGUAGUUGGAUGGGGAAUAACAGGAGAGUCGAUGCAUUUCUCCAAGCAGAGAUCGAUACUCUGCUGCUUGCUCCUUACUCGUCUUGAUAGUCUGCGAGCGACUCAGCCUGCUGCUGCUAUGAUCACUACUUUGACAGACCGGCUUGUGGACAUUCUGGUUCAUUUUGGAAUAGCUGCCGCCAUAGGAGUACACACUCUGGGUUUGUCUCGACGGGUAUUCAUAUCUAGUUCUAGCCCGUGAGCUGGAUAUGCUCGAUGACAGCGACGGUUGAAUUUGUGUGUUACGUCUUGUCUCGGGGCAUGUUGCCAUAGGUGUCCUCGGCGAUUCGCUUCUCUUCAUUUGACUAGCGCUAGUUGGACGAUGACGCUCGGCCCUGUCGAUUCUAUGUCUUUGCUCCGACUCUGGCUCUGAUUGUAGCCUUUUCUUUGGCUCAGGGAUCGUUCCUCUAUC